ACACGGCAGUCGCGCGGUGCCAUCCGCACAGACAACACGCACGUCGGGUCCUAGUCGAAUCCUCCCGCGAAUCCCCCUAGACUCGAAUAGAGUCGACAUUAUAUACUGUAGAUCGUAGACCCAGUGAAGUGAAUAUUGUGUGAGUGAAUGAUGUUAGAGUUUAGUGAUUAAAAAAGAAGGCCACGCAAGCCGACACCGCUCCAGCCAAGCGUCGCGUGAUGGCGCAUGGAUCUUGCGCGGACGGCGUGGUGCGCGGCGCUCGUGCUCGCCUCGCUGGCGCACGCCGGCCCUCGCUACAGCUCGCGCAUCGUGCACACACACGCAGGAGCAAUUCGCGGUGUGAUAGUGGAGCCGGCGUCUCGCCGGUUGGAACCGGUGGAGGCUUUCUGGGGGGUGCCGUAUGCUGGGGCGCCCGUGCGACUGGCGCCUCCGCCCCCGCCCCCCUCCUGGCCCGGCACCAGGCUCGCAGACGCUUUCGCAUCAGUCUGUCCCCAGAAGUUCCCAGACAUAUCCAACAAGAGUGCAGCGCUGUCCAAAAUGCCACUGGGUCUAUACAACGAGCUGAAAGCCACCGUUCCACUCCUAGCCAAUCAGAGCGAAGACUGCCUGUACCUCAACAUCUACGUGCCCGGUAGCGGUGCGAGAGGCGUCGAAGCGCCAUACGCGGUAGUGGUGUGGGUGGGCGGUCCCUCGCACGAGUGGGGCUCGGCCAACGUGCUCGACGGCGCCGUGUUGGCUGCUCGAGCGCAUUUGCUCGUCGUCACUGUUAACUAUAGGCUAGGUUUAUUAGGUUACUUAACAACCGGCGUGAAGUCGGACGAGGUCCAACAAGCUGGUGGCGCUGCAGUGCUCGACGUGGCUGCGGCACUGACGUGGGUGCAGCGCAAUAUAGCUGCCUUCGGGGGUGACCCACGAAGAGUCACGCUGGCUGGCCACGCGGCAGGGGCCGGGUUGGCUAACGCGCUGCUCAUGAUGCCUGCUAGUAAAGGCUUGGCAUCGCGGGUAUUGCUGCUAAGCGGGUCAGCUCUCAGUCCAACAGCACUCGCUCCAGACUCGGCUCUGGCUCGAGAGCACACAGCGCAGGCGUUACGGUGUACUCCAGAGGCAUCAUCUGAUGACCACUGGCUGAAGGAGUGCAUACGUAAACGUCCUCUCGCCGCCUUACUUGCCGUAGAAGCCCCUAGAGCCAGGUUUCUAGCUGGAUGGGCGCCUUCAGUACCUUACUUCAAGGAGUCUACUUAUCAAGGCCAAGCCCCGACUAAAGCGUUACAUUCCAGUGAAGCAUUCCUGGAGUGUGCUUUGGCUGUAGUCGUGGCUACUACUGAGAGCUAUCAGUAUUUCAAUGAAGACGAUAUCAGACACGGCUUCGAGGAGGAGCAUAGGAAUCGCAUCCUGCGCACAUACGUCCGCAACGUGUACCGCUUCCAUCGCAAUGAGAUCUUCGCAGCCAUUAGGAACGAGUACACUGACUGGGAGAAACCCAUCCAGCAUCCCAUCAACAUCAGAGACGCAACCCUGGAGUCUCUCAGUGACGCCGCGGUAGCAGCACCAGCCCUGAGAGUGGCACAGCUUCACGCGAAAAGAGGAGCAAGGACGUACUUCGCGCAUUUCGCACAUCAAAGCAAAGAUGCGGACUAUCCUCAGCGUCUAGGAAGUGUUACGGGCGAGACGCUCCCCUACUUCCUUGGCUUGCCCCUCGUCGGUGGCCUACAAGGUUCUCCACGGAACUACUCCAGAGGAGACGUGGCAGUGGCCGAGGCUGCCGUGGCGCUGGUGGCGGCGUUCGCGAAGACUGGUGACCCUUCGCCACGGUCUGACGAGCGACACCAUGAGAACAGUGUCGCGUGGCCGAGAUAUGAUCUCAAUACGCAGCAAUACCUUAGUAUAAGCACCAAACUCCGCGUGAAGAGCCACUACCGCGGCCACAAGAUGGCGCUGUGGUUGCACCUCAUCCCUCAGCUGCACCGGCCCGGCGCCGCGCCCCGACACCACCAGUUCAGAUCUCAUCCUGACAUGUUUGCUGGUGACAUAUUCCCCGAACUAUACACGACAACAGCGGCUAUUGACGACGAGGAAGACAGCACCGAGGCUGAAGACGAACCACCCGAUGUAGAAGAAUGCGAGCCUUCGCCGUCUCCGCGGCCGGCACUGUCCGCGCUUCCUGCGCCGCGACCCACGCCCAGAGAGGAUUCUUUGACGCUGGACUCACAGUAUUACAGCUACACAGUGGCUCUCGGGGUGACGGUCGGUGCUGGUUGUUUCCUCCUGGCACUAAACGUGCUGGUCUUCGCGGGGAUCUAUCUCCAGCGAGGACGGCGGCGAGCCAACCAUCGCAGACCCAGGAGAGAAGGAAGCACUAGCAGUCGCACUCGGGCCGGCUCUCUAAACUGUGAACCAUCGGUAUCAAUGGCCUCGCCUCGAAAGAGCACGCUUAAGCGCAGCAGCGAGUCGGAACUGAAAGAAAGACCAGCCAACGUCGCUCCGCCCGCAAAAAAACGCGUCCAAAUCCAGGAGAUCUCAGUGUAGAUGAGUUUUGAGCAAGGACUGAAAGUUAUUGCUUUAAAAUGAAAUUAAAGUCAAAAUUCACGAUGUAUUGCAAAGACCGUGGAUCACAAUCGCUAUCAGAUGGUUUCUUUAAGAACCACGUGAGUUUUAUUGGAUACAUUUGGGAUGAUGACGGUGUGCAAACUGUUCUAUUAAGUAAGUGAGAAUAAAGACAUUAUAGUCUAAUUUGUGUGAUGUAAAGUGAACUAUGAACAGUGGUGUAGUGUUUACGUGAGUAUCAACAAAGAGCAUAAAGGAUUAACCAAAGACACGUUACUGUUUCAGUCACAUUAACAGAUCAUUACGUGUAUUUGGUAUAACAUUUUCGUAUAGACAUUGAAUCACAUUCCAUGUUUUUAAAUAUCACAGAUAUUCAUCUACGUAUUGAAGGUUUUAAUUAUGGAUAGGAUUACAAGUGAAAUAUUGCAGUAGCCAAUUAUUAAAGUCUACAAAAAAUUGAGACAAAACAUUGAGAAGCUCUUUUUUCCAUGAAAACACUGGAUUGCAUGCUUUUUCAAAAGAGAUUUGAUUCUCGAUCAAGUCAUGUUGAUAAUUCAUUAUUGAAAUUUAAAAUACAGGAUUGUCCUUGUUUAUUUACGUUGUAUUCAUUACCAAUUAAAAUGUAGUCUGAAGAGAGGAAGAGAGGGUUUUCAAUGUUAAAAAGUCUAUUGUAAUAUAUUUCUGAAAACACAAAGAUACAUUAUGUAUAUGGCUGAAUAUUUUAGUGGUGAAUGAUACAAGUUUAAUGUAGAAAGAUUUAUUCACAGGAUUGUUCAUUUAUUUGUUCAGUAUGAAUGAAUGAAUAUGGAGAAAUUAUACUGAGCAAAUAUAAUUGGGUUGCUCGGAAAAUAUUUAUGUUUCUACUACAUACACUGUGACCGCAUGCAUAUUAUUACCCGGCGUCCUAGUUAAGCAACAAAUAUGCCAAGGCUGCGCGACAUAGCAACAACGUCAGACGUAUCUAAGUACAUAUUUACAUGCAUAUUGCUUGUCUUGUCACGUGUUGUUAUCGUAAUCUUCCACAUAUGAAUAGCGUAGCACAGCUCGCAGUCGCCCAAUGAGGACGUCGGGUUACGAUCAAAGCUGCGAUACUGUGACCUAUGAGGUCGGGUUUCACAGCCGGAGGAAAUUCGAUUUAAAAGUAAUACUUUAAGUGCGGGCGAGCUCCCAGACGGCUUGCUCAUGUAACCGCGUAUCUGCUAGGACUUGCUCCUGUGUAUCUACCUCCCGACUGAGGGUGAUAUUUCUGAACUGUAGCUCAUCGAAAAUCUGUGUGGAAUCUCCGUAUUUACCAGUUUUUUAAGAGUUCAUUCAAUAAAUGCACUGAAGUUUCGAUUUCGUCUUAAUUAUUACGUUUUCGGAAGUAAUUAACAGUAAUGGUAAAUUAGUCACAGCAAAAAGUUUAAAGUGAGAGUUUGUUCUAAUUUUUGGCAGUGAGACAUUUUUCCAAAUUGAAAUUAGAUAAGGGAUGAAAAAGAAAUCCCUCAAAAAACCCGAACAUCAACAUAUAAUACGUUUUGCAGUGAUGGGUGUCUGUAACCUGUUUCACAUUAUACAUUCUACCAUAGUACCUGUUUCUAUUGUUAAAAUAAUUAUUAUUAUAUAACAUAUGUCUAUAUUGAGAAUAAGAUUCUGUUUAUAGAUUAAAGUCAUUAUAUCAUUUAUUCCAAAUAUAUGUAUAGAUCAUUGUUACUUUAUCUUCUUAGUUAAAUAUAUAGACCAAUAUGGUAUAUGUUCGUAUAUACAAAGUUUUCGAGCUGUUGCAUUGCAAUGGCAAUAUGUACAUAGUACACUCUAAGUUUAUAUCUAUACUAAUGUAAAUAUUAGAAUUGACGUCAUUAUCUGUGCGACGGAUGCUCGUCUGUAAAGGUUUUUAAAAUAAAGACCAUU